GAGUUCGAGUGCGCUCGGACACGUCGCUCACCUGCCGCCUCAUCGUUGACUUGCUCGUUCAGGUCGCACGUUCCUUCGUUUUCGCUGCGCACAUGUUUCGUCUAUGAUGGCUCAAGCGUCAACGUUUGAUGUGGGAGUUUUCAUCCUUAUCGUUUUUGGAGCGUCUUUGGCAAACGGUUCCUCUUCAAGCCAAGAUGUGAGCGUGAGGACGGAAGCAGAAGAGUCCAGGCUGAGCGACUUCCUGUCUGCCACAGAGGGGUUGGCGAAGGUCGGCUCUCGCAGCCAAGCCAGUCCACUCCCAGCAGCCCGCGGGCGAAGCAAGAGGUGCACAUGCUACACAUACAAGGAUAAGGAGUGUGUCUAUUACUGCCACCUGGACAUCAUCUGGAUCAACACGCCAGAGAACACAGUGCCGUACGGCAUGUCCAGUUACCAGAGCAUACGUCUGAGGCGUUCCACCAGAGGAGAGCAAGGGGCGGCCAAGAAUGAGCAGCGCUGUCUGUGCGUCGCACGGAGCGACUCUGGCUGCAGCAGCUUCUGCAUGAACAGCCCACACAGAGGACCACCCAACGUGCAGCUCCAACGUGACGGGCGGAGAGCGUCCCCAGCUCUGGGGACUGUCUGAACACACAGUACAUAUGUGUACAUGUAAGGCACUUCUGGGUGCCUAGCAGCGCGGCGGGAUGGAGACGUGGAGCUGAGCUCUCCAUUCAUUCUGAAUUGUAAAGAGCAUUUCUCCUCUGCCUCCAAAGACCUUUGGACUGGGAAAUGUGACAAGCUCACUCAAGCUUUCAGCCACUUGGUUCACGCAACCCUUGCAGUAACUCUCUCUGUGUGACUCCUCCGUCAUCGAGUAACAAGCUGAACUUCAAGGAAUUUGCCCCUUCACAUUCAUCACACUGUCAGGUGUGAGCUUGUCUUGCCAGUGGGCACGUGUGGGUGCCUUGUCUCCAGGUCACCAUGGUUAACUGAGCUCAAUCCACCACUUGGCGUAUGGGAAAGAAUUUGUGCUUAUAUUUGAUAUUUGUACCUAAUAUAUACAUUAGCAUUCAUAUGGUCAUCAUUUUAUCACCUGUCGCAGUUUAUUGUUUAUUGGUUCAACACAUUUAAAAACUGACAAAAGGCGUACUCUGUCCCUUGCUCAGCAGUAGAUCAGGCUGUGUCCCGUCUCUCCCCCUAAACUGGGCUCAGUGUGGUGUGUCCCACUCCUCCUCACUGGCCGUUCACCACUUGAUCACAUGACCCCUUCAAACCCAGGGAGCUCCGGAGCUGACUUGAAACCAAGUGGGAAGAUGAAGUGUGGAGAGAUGUCCAGGAGACCAAAGGACUUGAUUUCACAACAAUGUUGGACAGGACAACAGGGACCUGUUAGUAGCCAGGACCACUCUUCCCUGUGUUGAUUUUCUCUGGUAUCACACGAUAGUGAGCCAAAUGCUCCACCGUGUCCCACAACAUGAACAAUACAACAGGGAUGUUCAACAGUAGGUUUGGAUUUCUCCUGAACAAACAACAGUGGGCUAGCAUCCAGGCUAACGUUAGCAUCCUCACACCUCUGACACAUCUAUCGCCUCAACACAGGCCCCGCCCAUUUCUUCUCCAUUGGUUCACCAAACCAAGUGAGAUGAUCAGCGCCGAUGCAAGAGGUUGCAGAAACGUUGGAGCUGGCAUUUCCAAAACGUUGUCUCCAACACUGGAUAUGCUGGAAACAAACCACAGCGCGGCAGCCAAUGACACGCCGUCUUUACGCGUGACCUCAUCAAGUGUCGUCCCAAUUCUGAGGAACAUCAGUCACUUCACUUGGUCGUGGGAGGGCGCUCACAACCAAGUGCUGGUGUUAGGGGAGACGUGGGACACAGCCUCAGACUUUAUUUGUCUCUUGUGGAAGUAUGUAGUGAUGCUAAGUUCAAAUGACAAGGAGAGUGAAGCUUAUCUGAUGCAGACUGUCAGUGUUCAUGGUUUCACUGUCGUGGCAGGGUGGUGACCAAUGCAAAACUAUAGUGUCCUACUGUAAAGCUGGUUAAGACUAGAUUCAGUGUAAAACAUGCAAGAAUAGAAGGUGUAACUGAAGUUAUCGCCUGUGGGAAAAUGUGUUGUGUUGCAGAUAGUGAUGAGACCGGUCCGAUUCAGUAUCGGCAUCGGCCUCCAAGAUGAGACCGAUCCCAGAGCCCAGUUCCAGCUCCGUGUUUUCAGCCGCUCUGCCAGUUCACUGCAAACUGUGGAACAGAUUUCCUGUCGAGUGGUGAGAGGCAGGAGACAUGCCUCGGGAAGUCCAGUCCACGGUUUGCAGUGAGCUGGCAGAGCAGUGGUGUGAGGCUUCAGCUGGAAACAUGUAGCCAGUUAGCAUGCAAGCGCUUAGCAGCCAAGACUAGUUUGCUGACUAAACACAACAGCAGCCCGAGACAGUGAAGCCAGGCGUCGCAGCAGGUGAACCAACAGCUGCGUUGGAUGUUUCCGAUUGGCAAAUGGAAGGUAUGUCCCUAAAUGAGCCAAUAUCUAGGAUGUCCAACGUCACUUCACUCAGUCGGGCAACAGAUUUAUUGAUGCUCCCAGAGCGAGUGUUGCUGAUCAAAUGAAGCAGCGUCUUGUUUCCAUUCACUUCCUACGUACAUCCGUCUUGGAUUUAAUAAAUGCCGACGUGAGAGUUGCACAUUUGUGGUCAGGAUCCAUGUUUCUUGGCUUCCUUCACUGACCUGUAGUUCUCUAGUUAAUGCACAAUAAUGGUGAAAAACACAGCAAACUGAGCUCUGGUAUCGGAUCGGAGGAAUAUCGGCAGACAUCCAGAUUCAAGGAUCAGAUCUGAUCCAAACGUGGAUCGGUCCAUCCUUAUUUGUAGCAGCUUGACUGGACAAAGACGGUUUAAGUAUCACGUACAGUGGAAAAUAGAAGGGGCCCUUCAAUGCCAUUGAUGCAAAAUUUAUCCAAUGAAUUGGAGUUUCUUCAGUUCAGUUCAGUUCUGUGCUUGUUUUCCCACCACAGUGCCACUUCUUUUGUCGCCCGAUACCCUCCGUGUCGAUGCAGAAACCAGCUCUCUUGCAUUGCCAUUUACAGCUUCUGUUCUCUGACUAACAACUGCGGUCAGCUGAAGCAAAUACUGCCAGACCGUUUCUAUGGAUAUAUUUAUUUGGUGAUGUGAAUGGUGGCGCUGGGAAAUGGCUAAGACCAGUGCGACUGCUGCUGGCCAUCAUUGGAUUUUUCACUUGUUUUUGUUGGAGCCCAGUUGUUGGCCACAUCUGGCAAAACGGACCUGAAAGUCAAGAGCCGGUGAAAUGGGUCAGCGAGUUCCUGUCAAAUGUAUUGUACCCAUUGUAAAAUGAAGGUGAACUAGUUGACGAAAAUAUGUUCAUUGGACUGUCAUUGGUCCACAUUCGUCAGUACACUUGGCCCAUUGGAGUGCUACUAUCAGGUGGAAUGUAUGAGAAGAAAUAAA